AUGGGGGGUUGGAUAGUAUGGUGUACCUCAGCUGUGUUCUUCACCACGGCUACUAAUCAAGUUUGCUGUGGGAAAACGAUCGCCAUGGACACGGCAACAGAUGCGGUGGAUGACUCCUACGCUGCAUGUCGCCAAAACAUGCUGGACGCCAUCUUGGGCGAGGAGGGGCUCCUCCAAAGUGAGCUCAACAACGUAGACAACAUCCACAGCAGCCUGUUCAUGACCGCAUGGAGCUCCCCCGUAACCUGCCCAUAUCAGGUUCCUGAAGGCCUGCCAGAACACGUCCGAGCUCUCCAAGCGUUUGGCAACACUCACAAGUUCGCCAGAGUGUUUAAUGCUGCCAUCAGGGAUAAAGGAAGUGAUGUCAGCGUCUACACUGACCAGUUUCAGUUCAAGUCGCUUCACUUCCUGCUGAUGGAUGCUAUGCGGCUCCUCAAUAACGGCUCACGGUGCCAGACCGUGUUCGCUGGGUCUUUCGACCUGUACACUGCUGACACAGGCGCCAGAGUGCGGUUUGGGGAGUUCCUCUCUGCGGACCGCAGAAGAGAAGAGGCGGAGGAGGGCUGCGCAGGUGAAGGCGGGACUCUGUUUGAGAUUAGGAGCUGUUCCGUUGUGGACGUACAGGAGCACGCCUGUCAACCGGAGAACACCAACCUCCUCAUCUCCCCUGUGGAGCUGUUCAGGGUGGAGGAGGAGACCGACGGAGAAGAAUGCGAUCAGGAGAUUAAACUGACAUCCAUAGGAUUCCACAGUAACCAUGACUGCUACCUAUUCCCCACGAGUGCUGCACCUGUUCCAGCCACCGUAGCGAUGGCUCCCAGCACCUCGUCUGCCAGGGGAACAUCCAUCAUGUGGUUAAACCCCCACAGCCUGCUCCUACUGGUUACAGCCCUUCACUUCUGGUCAUGUGGUUAAACCCUCACGGCCUAUUGGCUACAGCCCUUCACUUCUUGUCAUGUGACUAAAUCCUCACAGCCUGCUCCUAUUGGCUACAGUGCUUCAUUUCUGGUCAUGUGACUAAACCCUCACAGCCUGCUCCUAUUGGCUACAGUGGCCAAGGGCCACCCAGGGGCCACUUGCGGCCUGGCUCCUCAUUCAAUACGGCCCUUAGAUAAAACGUGAUUAAAGAAAUAAUUGAAUAAUUGCCAGAUUUCAAAACACUACUGAAUUAAUAGGCCUACAUUGUAAUUAUACUGUUAGCAGAUGGAGAAUACUCCCAUUUCUUCCGGAUCAAACCAAAAUAUCAGCAGUCAGUGAGCAACCAAUUGCAUCUCGAGCUACAGGUAUGUGAGUUGCAGUCCGAUCCCUGGUCAUGAGGCCCUUUGAUGGUGGUGAACGAUGACAUAAUGUGGCCCUCCAUAUCAUGAAAGAUGCCCACCCCUGCUUUACCCCUACAGCUCCUAUACUCAUGAACGGCGUGACGUUUUCCAUGUGCGUUACGCCCAUUUGUGGGGGAAAACAGCCCAUGCAAGUCAAUUGGUAUAAUAAACGAAAGAUAUGAUGGACCUGUAGACUAGCGUUGUUCACGCGCAACAUGCCGAAAACGUGUUGUGUUGCCGGCUGUUCAAAUAAUAUAGUCAAAAAGCCGUGGCUGAAGCAUGGACAGUGUUCAUUUAGGCAAGCCGAUGUAGCAUGUAAGUUGAUGAGACAUUUGGUUUGUUUUCACCCAUAAAGGGGCGUAACGAACAUUUGGGAGCAAAGUACCGGAUGGCUGUUCAUGA